AUGUCUCCGGCCAGCUCGUUCGCGUCGCUCUGCCGGCGCAGGCUGAUCCACUGCACCACCCGCCUCGGCUGCGACAACCAGCCAGCCACGGCGGCGCAUUUUCUGGCGCUGGAUCGGCGGAGAUCGUUUUCGUCCUCUGGCCUGCGUCGUGGCAUCGGAGGAACCAGGAGCAGCGGCGGCGGCGCAGGUGGCACAGGACGACCUGCUGCAGGUUUCUCCACCUGGGCAAGACUGGCAAUUGGCUCCACUGUUGCUAUCGCGGCGCCGUUCCUGCACUCCAAACCGGCGUCGAUUCUGCGGAUCGGAAAUGAGGUGGAGAUGGUGAAGGACGCCGCCGAGACCGCGGCGGAGGUCGUGGAGGAGGUGGCCACGGCGGCCGAGAGGGUGUCGUCCGAGGUGGCCGGGCAUCUGCCGGAGGACGGCCGGCUGAGACGCGCCGCCGUGGCAGUCGAGCACGCCUCCAAGGAGGUCGCGGAGGAGGCUCAUCUUGCACGAGACAUCAUCCACAAGGUCGAUGAAAUUGAGGAGGACGUCAAGGCAAUUAUCGAACCGAUUAUGGAUCAUGGGAAGCACGAGAGGAAGCAUUUAGAAAAGUAG